AAAAAUCUCUCUACAUAUUGCGUACACUUAUAUCUGUACGUAUAUGUCUGUUGUAUGCCACCGUCUGGUCGGCAACGAACCUUCAGGGUUUUAUUUAUCCAAAAAACACUUCAAUCUUUAAUGUAACUUCAGUUUUAACUGAUUUUUUAUCGUACUUAGAUCUUCGCGGAUGCAAUGAUAACGGUGAUGAAUCAUGUGAAGAAACCAACAAACGAAACGGAAAAAUGUUUGGAUCCGCAGUUAUGGCACGCGUGUGCGGGUGGUAUGGUACAAAUGCCACCAUUGAACUCUACGGUUUUGUAUUUUCCACAGGGGCAUGCUGAGCACUCGGGUAUCCACAAAAUGGAUACCCGAGUUGAUCUGAGCAUGUCUAGCCGGAUCCCGGCUUACAUCAUGUGUCAGGUAUCCGCCAUAAAGUUUAUGGCGGAUAUUGACACAGAUGAAGUGUAUGCAAGAAUUGCACUUGCUCCGGUUAAAAACCCUAGCAUCUCUUUUGACUUUGAUGAUGAUGAAGAUGAAGUAAGGUUUGACCGGAAUGAAAACAAAGAGAGACCCUCGUCUUUUGCUAAGACGUUGACUCAAUCCGAUGCUAAUAACGGCGGCGGGUUUUCGGUACCGCGAUACUGUGCGGAGACGAUAUUUCCGCGGUUGGAUUACACCGCGGAGCCGCCUGUGCAGAUUAUUAUGGUGAAGGAUGUUCACGGACAGAUGUGGAAGUUCCGUCACAUUUACCGCGGGACUCCGCGGCGGCAUCUGUUAACCACCGGCUGGAGCAACUUCGUUAACCAUAAGAAGUUGGUAGCCGGUGAUUCUGUCGUGUUUUUACGCGCCGAUAAUGGGGAUCUCUGUGUCGGGAUCAGGCGAGCCAAGAGAGGAAUCGGUGGAGGGUUUCAUGAACUCCCCACCGCUUCCUCGUUAUACGGGGGUGGGAUUGGGCUCGCCAGAUUCCGACCAGAACAUGAAAAUGGGGAUAAUAAAACGAGUACGGAAGCGGUGGUUGAAGCUGCAAAUCUUGCGGCUAGUGGACAGCCGUUUGAAGUAGUGUACUACCCUCGCGCAAGCACGCCAGAGUUUUGUGUUAAAGCUUCUAUAGUGAAAGCUGCAAUGAGGAUCCAAUGGUGUCCAGGAAUGAGAUUUAAAAUGGCUUUUGAAACUGAAGAUUCAUCUAGAAUUAGUUGGUUUAUGGGCACUAUUUCUAAAGUUCAAGUAGAUGAUCAAAUUCAUUGGCCUAAUUCUCCAUGGAGGCUUCUUGAGGUAGCUUGGGAUGAACCCGAAUUGCUACAAAAUGUGAAAAGGGUCAACCCGUGGUUAGUCGAACUGGUCCCAAGUAUGCCCGCGAUUCAUCUUGCGCCAUUUUCGCCUCCAAGAAAGAAGCUUCGCUUCCCUCAACCACCCGAUUUCCCGCUGCUUACGGUCCCACCGAGCAUCCAGGGAGCCAGGCAUAGUUCGCAAUUUGGGUUGGACCAUAAUUUCAGGUUCAACCCAAUGCACCCGUUCCCACACGGGUUCACGGGUGGUCAUAGCCCAUUGAGCCGGUUCCCGUUUCAAGAACGUGAUGAAAAUGUGUCAUGUUUGUUGACAAUCGGAAACCAAAACCAAAACCCUAACCCGAGUUUGAAGAAGAAAAAAGACGAGACAAACGUGAAGGAAAAGGAAAAGCCAAUAUUUGUGUUGUUUGGUCAACCGAUUCUGACUGAACAACAAUUAACCAAACGUAUUUCUUGUAACACGAAUGAUUCUUCCGAUGGAUCAUCGGAAGAAGAUGAUCCAUGGGUUGAGACGGGGCACUGUAAGGUAUUUAUGGAGUCUGAUGACGUGGGUCGAACCUUUGACCUAACGGCAUUGGGAUCGUAUGAAGAAUUGUACAUAGCGCUUGCUAGCAUGUUUGGUUUAGAGAAAUUGGACACCUCGACCAACUUGAUUUACCGAAACGCGGAUGGAAUUGUAAAACACACUGGAGAUGAACCCUUUAGUGAGUUCAUGAAGGAAGCACGAAAGUUGACGAUUCUAAGGGACUCGGUUAGCCGCAAAGCAGGAUGUUAGCAAAUAAUGGAUUUCUUUUAGUUAACGUUGUAUAGUCGAGUAGUUGUGUGUUUUUUUUAAUUAUGUCAAGACAUUUUAGGUUUUAAGAAUUAGUUUGGUUAUGUUUUGUUUCUUUUUUGACCAUGGUUAAUUAUUGGUCUAUUCAACUCUAGUUUGCCACUUGUUGCUCUAUUUCAUGUGUCAUGAU